AUGCCUGAAUCUCAAGAGUCCUCCGGCUAUUCCAGAAAACCCAGACCAUUCUUUAGAAUAGACAGUAUGGUAGUUAAUGAUGUGGACCAAAUCUCCAUCUACCUGGGGAAACGGGACUUCGUGGACCAUGUGGACACUGUGGAACCCAUUGUGUUUGUCAUGUUGACCUGUGCCUUUCACUAUGGCCGCGAAGACUUGGAUACAAUUGGCCUGACAUUCCACAAAGAACUAUAUGUGCAGGUCCAGCAAGUGGCUCCAGCUGACCCCACCAGCCCCCAGGUGCCACUCACAGUCCUACAGGAGCGGCUACUGCAAAAGCUGGGGGAUAAUGCCUACCCCUUUACCCUGCAGAUGGUGGCCAACCUGCCUUGCUCGAUGACCCUGCAGCCAGGUCCCGAGGAUUCAGGAAAGGCCUGUGGGAUUGACUUUGAAGUGAAGAGUUUCUGUGCUGAAAACCUGGAGGAGAAAAUCCCCAAGGGAAACUCUGUGCGAUUGGUUGUCCGGAAAGUACAGUUUGCACCCCUGGAGCCAGGCCCCGGUCCCCGGGCUGAGACCACCCGUCGUUUCCUCCUGUCGGCUCAACCUCUACAACUGCAGGCCUGGAUGGACAAGGAGGUUCACUACCAUGGCGAACCCAUCCCUGUCAAUGUUUCGAUCAACAACUGCACCAGCAAGGUCAUUAAAAAAAUCAAGAUUUCAGUGGACCAGAUUACAGAUGUUGUCCUGUAUUCCCUAGACAAGUACACCAAGACUGUGUUCAUUCAAGAGUUCACGGAGACCAUAGCUGCUAACUCCAGCUUUACCCAGAGUUUUGCAGUAACCCCACUCCUAGCUAACAACUGCCAGAAACAGGGUCUGGCAUUGGACGGCAAACUCAAGCAUGAAGAUACCAAUCUGGCCUCUAGCACAAUUCUUCGACCUGGAAUGAACAAGGAGUUGCUGGGGAUCCUGGUGUCCUACAAAGUCAGAGUCAACUUGAUGGUGUCCUAUGGGGGUUCUGAGGACAUAGUCUUCGAGGAGCACGGCGAGGAGGAGAGCCAGAAGAAUUUGGCAGUAGAGGGAGAACAAGGGAGCUGA